AUGUGGAAAAUAAUUUUCUUUUCUAAUUUUAUUUGCUUAGUUGUGUUUGCUCAACAGAUUAACGAAUAUCAGGAGUAUGUAAAACUACCAGAAUCAAGAUUACCCUCGUCCUUAGAAAUCAACGCCGAGUGUAUAAAAGAAACUGGAGCAAGUUGCGAUGCCUUACAGAGGUUCACGAAAUUCGAACUGGACAGAAACAAUGUUGCCGACAGGGUCUAUGGGUACUGCUACCUCAUUAAAAUGGGUUUCAUUGAUCAGAACGGCUACUUGAUAAAGGAAGCCGUGAAAGAUCUCGCACGAGAUAACAAGCACAUCGACGAAGUGGGAAACGUCAUUGACGCCUGUAACGCGGAGAAUACGCUCACCAACACAAUUUCAGCUAUGUUCGGCAUCUUGGAUUGUUUUAAGAAGAACUCGCCGAUACAUUUCACUUCGUAUAAUAUGGUACAAGUUGAUUGUAAAACUUGUAACAAAUAA